AAAACCAAUAGUAUUAGGUUUCCUAUUCUAAGUAUAUUAGCUAGACGCUAUUUAGCUAUUCCCGCUACUUCUGCUUCUAUAGAAAGCACCUUUUCUAUUAGUAAUAAUAUUAUUACUAAAUCUAGAAAUAGAUUAGACCCAGAAGUAGUUAAAAAGGUGCUUUUAUUAAAAAGCUGGUCACACCUAUCACGGCCAUGA